ACUCGGGUUAUCAGGAUGAAUAUAUCUCAGCUAUGGACUUCAUAUCAGGAUCGUUCCGGCGAACAAAUGAAUCACAUUAACGAGUUCGUUGCCCGUGCUCUCCUCCAUGUGGUGCAUCAGCAUAUAAUGAGUGUAACGCCGUCGUUAGUGCUGACAUUAUGUUGUCGGAAUAAUCAUACAUGUAAUUUCUAUAACGAAAUGAUGAGCAUUAUGUUUCGCCAAUGGGGCAUCUCACCGCUACAGAUUGUCAAUGUGGAGGAAGGAGUUCCCUGGCGUCGUAUACCAGGACGUAGACAUUUCAAUGUCAUAUUCACCGAUUCGUUUGCCGCCUUCGCUGAGAUACGUGUGAAUGAAUAUUCAUUGGAAUAUAAUUACAAUGAGUAUUAUUUCAUAUUUCUACAGGCUCGUGAUUAUCUUCAUCAUACCGAAAUGAUGGCAAUUUUUCAAUAUUGUUGGCAUUAUCAAUUAAUUAAUUGCAAUAUACAAGUGCAAAAAUCGAAUGGUGAUAUUCUAAUUUAUAGUUAUUAUCCAUUCAGUCGUGAAAAUUGCAAUGAUAUUGAACCGCAGCUUAUUAAUCGUUAUAAUGGUAGUAGUUUUAUCAAUCCGGAUUUAUUUCCACGUAAAUUGAUCAAUCUCUAUGGAUGUCCAUUACGUGCUGCCAUCUGGAAUGAGCCGCCAUUUAUUUGGCUAACCGAAAGAGAGAAUAAAAGUGAAAACUUUGUCAGCGGUGGUUAUGAAGGUAAUUUACUUUUAAGCCUAGCCAAAAAGAUGAAUUUUACAAUAGCGAUACGCAAGCCGCCGAACAUCAAAUACCGCGAUGAGGCAAUGAAUAUGCUGCUGCACAACGAUGCUGAUCUCAGUUUGGGCGGUUUUCGGCAGACUGUGGAGCGAACUAUAUUGGCCACAUCGACGCAUAAUUAUCAUCAGACGCGACAGGUUUUUGGCCUGCUCGAUGCUAGCUUUGAAUUGGGUUCUUUCGACAUUUUACUCUAUCCGUAUCCGUUAGAAAUAUGGCUAGGCAUAUUGGGUGUUUUGGGCUUGGCUCUUUUUAUACAAUUAGCACUCGAUCGUUUACUUCAUGAAUCGCAUCAGGAUAAUUGGCUGAAUUUGGAGCUUAUCUUUGUGGGCAUGCCAUUGCUACAGACACCCAGAUCGAGUGCCAAGCGUAUGUAUUGCAUCAUGUUGAUGUUCUAUACACUGCUUAUACGUACCGUUUACCAGGGUCUGCUCUAUCAUCUAAUACGUACCCAUCAAUUGUAUCGUUUGCCCCAGACAAUUGAUGAGCUAGUGGGGCAGAAUUACACAGUUGUGGUAACACCAACCGCCCAGGAGACUCUUAGCGGAAUACCUAGAGUUCAGCAUAUGAAUCAUCGUGUCAUAGCAUCAACUUCAGAGACAAGGCCAUUAGAAUUUUUGGCUGAACAUCCGGAAUAUCGACGUCAUACGGUUGCAACGGCUGAGGAUGUUUUCAUUUACCAUAAUCGUCGUAAUGCCCUUAAGGCAUCAGGACAUUUUGAACUUGUACCACAGGAAUUGAUUAAUAUACAAUUUACCAUGUAUCUACCGAAGCAUUCAUAUCUUGUUGAUCAUAUAAACGAGGAGAUUAUGUGGAUGCGUUCGGUUGGUUUGUUGGUAAUUUGGGCACGCUGGGAACUUGAUGAGAGCUAUUUGAAGAAUAUUCAAAGUUUUAAAAUAUUAAAUCUAACGGAUUUGUAUGCCAUAUUUUUGUUAGUUGCAAUGGGUUUAAUAUUAAGCACAGCGGUUUUUACCUUAGAAAUAUUAUCACGACAUUGGUUAAAACUUCAGAAUUUGUUUUUGUAAAAUCUAUGCUUUUGUAAUGA